CAUAUUGCAUACCGCCCCACACCACUCCCACAGCCCCAGUGAUGCAAAGGGAAGCCCUGGCUCGGCAGGCAUUCAACUAGGAGCUUACUCAACUAACUGACACACAGCACCUUCUCCUGCGAAAAAGCGAGUGCCACAAGACAAUUCCUCAUCCCUUCUUGAAGAUGAAGAGCUAGGUAUGGAGGCCGCCAGCUGGCAGCUGAACAACACAUCCAUUAAUGGCCACAGUGAAACUGCAACCACAGUCCGUUUCCCCAGCUGGGUGACUUUUGAUGACAAUGAAGUUAGUUCCAUUUCUCCAAUAACUGUAUCUCCUGUGAAACAAGAAUGCUCCUCAUUAGCAGAAGCAGCAACAACAGCAACCACACAGGCCAUAGAUGUGAACUCUAGUACCCCCUUAUCCUUUAAAAAAAGGGAACGCCCCAGGAGCACCUUGAGUGAUCUCUCUAAAGUUCAGAAGCUAGAUCUUUCUUCCAUAACCUGGUUGCCAUCAGUUGGUGGAACACCUCCAUGGAGUGCUACUAAUCCUUUCCUUGAUGUAUCACUAAGGGAUGUUCAACCUUCUCCUAUCAAUCCAUUCAGUUCCUUCUUUGAGGAAAGGGAUAGGCGUUCCCAACGCAACUCUCUCUCUGGAAUCCCUAGGAAAAACCAGAGAGAUUCUCUUCUUAUUGUUCAUCAAGAACCUGAUUCCAUUAGCUUCAAUGAGCCAAGUAAACAUCUCAGACACAGAGAUGCUAUUGAACAACUCAAGCAACUCCAUAUUGGGGAUCCAGAUCAGCUGAACAUCCUCAGUUUGCCAGAUGAUGACCCCACAGUCCCCACUGAGCUGGAUAGUACCUUGUCCACUUUGGGGCCACCUCAGCAAAAAGAUGGCUGGCCAAUGAUGCUGAGGAUACCAGAAAAGAAGAAUAUAAUGUCUUCUAGGCACUGGGGUCCAAUAUAUGUCAAACUGACAGACAGCAAAUAUUUACAGCUCUUCUAUGAAAAGGGACUGGAAAAGCCUUUUAAGGAGUUCAAGCUUGAAAUAAAUCACGAGAUUUCAGAACCCAAGCUUCAAAACUAUGAUGAAAAUGGAAGGAUACACAGUGUAAGAAUAGACCGUGUCACCUACAAGGAAAAAAAGAAAUACCAGCCAAAGCCAGCUGUUUCUCACAUAGCAGAAAAGGAACAGGUUAUUAAGCUAGGCACCACCAAUUAUGAUGAUUUCCUUAGCUUUAUCAGGGCAGUUCAGGAUUCAUUGAUGGAUUUGCCUGCUUCCUCAACAGACUUAAGCACAGUGGGACUGAACUACCAAGAGGAGGAAAUCACUAUUGAUGUAAAGGAUGAAUUCUAUGGAAUUUUGGCCGAAGGAGACAACAGGAUCUUGCAGCAUAAUGUAUUGACACGAGUGCAUGUGCUCAGUUUUCUUUCAGGACUGGCAGAAUGUAGGCUGGGCCUCAACGACAUCCACGUUAAAGGGAAUGAAAUUGUUUUGCGGCAGGACAUCAUGCCGACUACCACUACCAAGUGGAUUCAGUUGAAUGACUGCCGUUUCCAUUCAUGUGUGGAUGAGGAGGCAUUUGCCAAUGCCCGUGUCAUUAUGUUUAACCCUUUAGAUGCUUGCCGAUUUGAACUGAUACGCUUUAGGAGUGUGUUUUCUGAGAAGACAUUACCUUUUACUUUAAGGGUUGCAGCUAGUGUCAAUGGUGCUGAGGUGGAGCUUCAGAGCUGGCUGAUGAUGUCACCAGGGUUCUCAUCCAACAGAGAUCCUCUAACUCAAGUCCCCUGUGAAAAUGUGAUGGUCCGUUAUCCUGUGCCACAUGAGUGGGUGAAAAACUUCCGGAGAGAUAGUGUCCUUGGGGAGAAGUCCUUGAAAGCAAAGGUGAACAAAACUGCUAGCUUUGGAUCCACCAGCGUGUCUGGUUCUGAGCCAGCAAUGAGGGUAACUCUAGGAACUGCCAAAUACGAGCAUGCUUUCAAUUCCAUUGUGUGGAGGAUAAAUCGCCUGCCUGAUAAAAAUUCUGUUGCAGGUCAUCCUCAUUGCUUCUUUUGCCACCUGGAGCUUGGCUCAGACCAGGAAGUGCCUUCUCGUUUUGUCCACUACGUGGAUGUCGACUUUGAUAUGCCAACCAGUUCAGCAUCCAAGGCUGCCAUUCGGUCCAUCUCUGUGGAAGGCAAGACGGACGUGAGGAAGUGGGUGAAUUAUGCAGCGCAUUACAGUUAUAAGGUGGGAAUAGAGAGGAAAAAAAGCUUGAAUCCAGAUAUCUUGGGAGAAGACACUGACAAUGCCAAGGAAUGUGCUGUACAGUGAAAGAAAGAAGUAGCAGCUGUUGUCUGAAAACACUAAAUGCAACAGGAUUUGAAGAAAAGGAACACUGCCUCACGUCAGUAGUCAGAUGAACCAGGAAGUAUUUGGAGUGUCAUUUCCCUCUCUUAAGCAAAUUCUUUUGAGAUUUGUUUGCAGCAGCUUAGUAUUUUGGGUAGAAUUACACUAAAUAUAUAGGCUUGCAGUGCACUCAAGCCUGUCUCCAUCUGUUCCAGUAUUCUUUCUAUAGCAAAAUAUCAGUAUUUUGUCAGCUAUAGCUAUCAUAAUCCUAGUCUGGUUAAGUAUUUUCCAACCAUACACUUGACAUUUCCUGAUGACUGGUAAUUCAGUCCUCAGUAGAGUUCUUCCAGGUGGUCUGCAACAACCCCGGGAGGGGGGGGGAAAUGGAGGCAUAGAAGAGACGCCAGAUAUUCCCUGUUUUCUGUCAUGCCUGUGGCUCACAAUGAGAAAUUGUAAACAACCUUUCCUCUCCGCUAGGUAGAUAGAGCCACUGGGAAUUCCAAAUGAAAGACACUUGAACUAACCUUUCCUAUAUGCCAUCUUUAAGCCAGAAUAUUUAAUACUGUAUACUUCCCUGGGUAAUGAGAAAUCUUUUAUGCAUUUAAUUAGAUACCAGGGUUAUUCUUUAGACAUGAUUUAGUUAUAGCUACCAGUUGGAAGGGACUAGGUGACUUUUGGAUCAUUCUUUCCUGGGAAGAUAGUGAGGGAAAACAGAUUUAAUCUCAGCUAGAUGUUUAGCUGGACUGGUUACCAUUUGUUUCCGAAGUCACUACUACUUUAAUAUACUACAGUUUAAGUUUUGAUGGGGUUGGUGGAAAGUUGCUUAAUUUUUUGUAAAUGCUGACAAUGCUACUUUCAAAUUCUGUCCAACAUUACCUUUUAUUUUAGAAAUACUGCAAAGUAAUAAUUUUCUGUGUUCCUAGGUAAUUAUUGUUAUUACUUUAUACAAGAUAGACAUAGUGGCAGCACAGAGAAGGUUUUUAUGAAUUCUUGAGUCCAUACAGUCUUUUUCAAAAAGACGAAAACUUGACUUUUUGAGAGUCUCAGCUUAUAAUUGUUCUUUAAGAAUCAAGUUUCUAGUUCACAAGGUUCUGGGAAUAUUCUUAAAAAUGUCUGGGCAUAUAUCUGAAGAACAUUCUGUGGCUAGAUAUUGGGGUUUCUGCGCUCUGCAUAUCCUUUUUUAUCCUCCCUAUGGUAAAAAAAAGUAAAGUUACCAAUCAUUAUAGGGGUUGUAGUCCACCAUACUGGGAGGAGCACCAGAUUGGUGAACAGCAAAUAUAAUCUAUAUUCUGGCUUUUUGUCAAGCAGAAUUUGGAGUACUUUUGAAUGCGUGUUGAUAUGUCUGUAUGAGUACACAGAAUCCUGUUGGGCCUCUUGCCUCUGAAGAUGCCAGCCACAGUUGCUGGCAAAAUGUCAGGAAAUCUGUUGUCUAGACCAUGGUCACUCAACCCUGAAGCCCAAUACUGCCCAACAGAUACUGGCUGUGAAAGUCUACAUACAGAAUCCUGUCUAGAAUAUUCUUCUGGCAUUGUAAUAAGUCCCAGCUUUAAGUAAAUUAUUAGGGCGAAACCAGAUGAAAUGAAGUUUUACAUAUCUUGUCUUAUAGAACAUAUUAUUCAAGAAAACAGGGUUUAACUCCUGUUCCCCUGGAAUUUUCUGGUUAUGAUGAAAUCAGUGUCCAAGAUUGUUACUUUUAUAAGGAGUGGAAGCUGUCAUUGGUACCAGUGGCAGAUUUACUCAUCGGCCAACAGCAAUUUCAAUAGAAGAGAAUAUAUGUAGCUCAGAGUGGAACUGUGGAGUCCUUGGUGUUCUCUGAGUCUGGUUGUUUGGUUGCAGACAUUUCAUUAUCCAACUAGGUAACAUCAUCAGUGCGAGUAAGUGUGGGGUUUACUCCCUGUUUAUGUCCAGUAGCUUGGCCUGCCAGUUUUAGUGGGGGUGUAAUUUUUUCCUGGUAGUUUCUUGAUUAGGGUAUUGUUUUCUGCUUGAUUGUUUGCCUGCUGUUAAUCGCUGCUUAUCUGGGUGUUGACUGUUGGAGAGGAUGUGCCCUGGUCUUUCUGUUUCCUUCUUAGCUUUUUUAUUGUCUCUUUUGAAUGGUGUGUAAAUAUGAUUUAUUUCUAUGUGUCUAUUGAAGGCUGAUUUGAUUGAAUGCCAAGUGUCCAGGAAUUCCCUAGUGAUUUUGGAUUUAGUUUGGUCUAGGAUGCUCGCAGCUUCCCUGUUGAAACUAUGGUUGAGUCUGUCCGUAUGCUGGGAGAUUAAGGAGUUCUCAUCGUGUCUUCUGACUGCUAGUUGGUGUUCAUGGAUGUGCUCUGCUAGUCUUUGCCUGUCUGUCCUCCAUAGUGGUUGUUAUAGUCCUUACACUGGGAAACUGUGAGCAUCCUAGACCAAGCUAAAUCCAAAAACAUCUUCAGCAAAGAGGGUUUCUUGAAUGACUGUCUGGAGGCACUUCAUCCGUGUGUGCAAGCAACAAAGGUCAAAGAGAGAGCAAUCGGUAUCUGAUGUACACUCCCUCCUUCAGACCUUGGACAGCACAUGACAACAUGCAAGCAAAGAACAAAUUGAACAGGACUGGGGUUAGUACACAAUCCUUCUUCACCCCAUUGGAAAUGGCAAAUGCAGCUGACGUAUCAGCAUUGUAAAGGACCUGUCCUGUAAUUAUGUCAUGGAAUAAGGAAUGAGGAGGAGGAGGAGGAGGAGGAGGAGGAAGGAAGGAGAAGGAAACCAAAAGACCAGAACACAUCCUCUCCAGCAGCCAACACCCAGAUAAGCAGGGAUUUAACACCAGGCAAACAAUGAAGCCGAAAACAAUAGCCUGAUCAAGGAACUACCAAGGAGAAAGCCACCCCCCCAACAAAGCUGACAGGGCAAGCAACUGUAUAUAAACAGGGAGCAAACCCCACACUUAUUUGUACUGAUGUUACCUAGCUGUGUAAUGAAACAUCUGCAAGCAAACAACCAACCUUUUUAAAAUACCAAUCAUGCCUCUGCAUUUGUAAUUAUAUAGCAUUUUCUGAUUUGGGUAUUCUGUAGGGCAAAAGAGUACAACAGGCUUUUGAUUGGCACAUUUCUGUUCUUUUCUCACUGCAUCUAGAGAAGCCUCCCACACUUCUGCCUAUGUCUCCUAGCUGCAUUGAACUGAAUGUUGUUCACUGGAGUUGGUUUGCACAUUUAGUUGCAAAUCAUAUUUAUCAAGUAUUUAAAUAUUAAGCAAUGUUGUCUGAACCAGCCCUUCACUUCAUUUAAAAGCUCCCUCAAAAAUUUCUGAUUACCUUUUUCAGGAAAUACUAAAACAUGAGCUUAAGUAGAAAUCUUUAAAAAUGCUUAUUUCACAUGCCCUGACAUAUGGGUAUGGUAGAAUAUUCAGGAAGCCACUUUUCACCUAAUCUCAGAGAAAAUGAUUUGGGGAAGAAGAAUGGACAUGGAGAAGAUUAUCUCUCUGUAAUAUAGAGCAUGGCCCAUGGAGAGUUUCAAAUGUAAAUAUUAACGUAUUUUGAAUGGUACCCAGAAGAUAUUCAUCCCCUGGCAACAAAGUUUAAUGUGCUCUGAGCAGUCAGUCCCCUUCAGGAUAUAUCCUUACGAAGACUGCACUAACAACAGUUUUAAGGUGUAAGGGAAUACGUGAUGAUUAGCAAAUAGCAGCCACUUCCUGUACUAAUGACUAACAAGAGAGAGGGAACUGUAGAAUUGAGAAGGAGAAGCUGAUAUUUGUGCCCUCACAAAUGAACCAUCGCUGUUGAUUAAUAACAUCUGCCUUAUGUAGAUUCACUUUCAAUUGACUUGUUGAUAUGCAGUCCAUUGUUCCAGUGAAUUGCAGAUUGUAACAUACCAUCUCAUUUAAGUCCUCCAUAUGGGCAAAAUCUUUCUAUGGUGUUGCCAGCUUUGUAAUGGGAAUCCCAUUAAUUUAUUGUGACAAUAAAUGUUACCUAACAUAAAGCAACCCCAAAGCCCUUAAAGACUUGUGAGGAUAAAUAAAAGGGCUUGCAUUGCAAUUAUGUCAUUGUUCAGUGCCUCCAUACAGGUAAGUCAUAACCUCUUGCACUAAUGUGAUUGUUGUUUUUUACAUAUUUUGUAAUAGGUUUCUACCUUUUAAUGUACUUUGAAAAAGUCUAUACACUGGCUAAUUCUUUUUAAAAGUAUUGUGACACUCCUCCAUCCCAUCAGAGAAAUGCCAUUUUGGAGUUUGGGAGGGACUGUUGAAUAAAUGCAAAUGAAAUUCCA